AUGAAAACUUUACUUAUUCUUUCAAUAUUUGUUGCACUUUUAAUGGUUGUUUCUGCAAAAGAGUGUCCAUUUUGUCCCCAUUAUUCAGGAGACUCAAGCUGCAAAUGUUCUGGAAGGAAAACCAUAGACACUUGUGGAGGUGUCGGGCCAGAUGCUCCAUGUUUAGAACAGCAUUUUUGCUGCUUUUUACCAAAAUUAAGUAAAAAAUAA